AUGGCUUCUCCUACAAACAAUGAGCACCUCGUGCAAUCGGAAGAUCCUGACCACCCAGCAAAUCUGAUCCCCAGAUUAUGCAGACAGUUCUACACUCUCGGUUGGGUCACCGGAACUGGAGGCGGCACUAGUAUUCGAAAGGAUGAACACAUAUAUAUUGCUCCUUCGGGUGUCCAGAAAGAACUGAUCAAGCCGGAGAACAUGUUCGUCCUCUCUUGGCCCACACCCAAAUAUCCCCCGGAGGCACGGAAAUACAUCCACAAACCUCUGAAAUUGAAGCCCUCUGCCUGCACACCGCUGUUCCUGGCAGCGUUUGAGCGCGGUGCUCUCUGCUCCAUACACACUCAUUCACAGUGGGCUGUGUUGGUGACGUUAUUGGUCGAGAAGCUUCACGGCAAGGAUGCUUGUUUUGAGAUCAGCAAUAUCGAGCAGAUUAAAGGUAUUCCAAAGGGUCCAGGCAAGGGAAUGCUAGGCUUCCAUGACACGCUUCGAAUUCCAAUCAUCGAGAACACCCCAUUCGAAGAAGAUCUCACUGAGUGGCUGGAGAAGGCCAUGAAUCAAUAUCCUGAUACUUAUGCAGUGCUCGUGAGGCGACAUGGAAUUUAUGUUUGGGGUGACACCCCAGCCAAAGCUAAAACGCAGUGUGAAAGCUUAGACUAUCUCUUCCAGUUGGCGGUCGAGAUGCAUAGACUCGGACUGCCGUGGACGUAG